UCGAGAUUCUCAUUAUCACAUGACCACAGUAGUCAGCAGACAGGAACAGGAAGUGAUGGACUGUUAUUGUGUGUGAGCUUUGGAAGGUGCUUCUUAAAACUUUCCUAUUUCACAAACAUGUUUAUUGUUCAGGUGGGUGUGGUAUUGAUAGCGUUGACAUAUUACGCCAAUGCUCAAACGUCUGUUGUCGCUGUAAACACCACCAUCCCUGGUUCAGAGCAGAGCGCAAGCGGCUUGAGGCAACUCGCCGUGGCAGUGGUGCCUCAGUCGUCCGUGUUUCACCCCAGUCUCCGUUCACAGUUCUCUCUCAACCUGUUGUCGGCGUUUCCAGAAGAUCUGGAGGUCAGCAAUUACUGCGUCGCGCUGCUGGCUAUCUUUGGGCAGCGAUAUUCAACGUAUGUUAAUUGUUUGGUGUCCGCCGCGCGCCCUGUCAAAGUGUGCCAAAACUGUUAUGGCACCUACGGCAACCUUAUGGAAAUCUACAAAAACAUUUCAGACCAGAUGGGCCCAGGGAAUGUGAGCUGCAGAGACAGCCUACUGCGUUCUGAUAGGCUGAUGUUGGUGUUCCUGCUCUACAGUAACCUGGAGGACAUCUGGACCGCUUCAGAAUGUAACCGUUGUGUAAGCCUGAGACACCACAGCCUGACCAAUGACACCCUUCACUUCAUGGAAUCUCUGAACCAGUCCCUCAGCUGCUUCGAGAAGUACCAGAAGGGUAACCACUCAGAGCUUUGUACGGAAUGUAAGGCCACAUACAGAGGACUGAAUGAGCUGUACAGCCGCAUGGAGAAGAAUCACACCCUCUGCAUCGACAUUGAGGACUCUACUGUUCCUGUCAUCGCCGUGUCCAGCUUCAUGCUCUUUCUGCCCAUCAUCUUCUACUUGAGCAGCUUCCUUCACUCGGAACAAAAGAAACGCAAGCUCAUACACCCCAAACGAGCCAAGUCCAACCCCAGCUUCAUUAACAUCCAGGACAAGUUCAGCUGAGGAGAGUGAGAGAUGGAAGAGAAUGAGGAGAAGAUGGAUCAGAUAAUUACUUUAUUAUCCCCGUGGGGAAAUUUGUUGUCGCUCUGUGCAUACAUAAACAUAUAAUCAACAAUAGACAGAGUACAUACAGUAUACAGACAAUACAGGUAGAAAAGUACAGUUCAUGAGUGAUCAGUGAUCUUCCAUUCACUAUAGACAACAGAACACACUGUCAACUACAAUGUUAGAUAUAGGCCACACAGGAGGUUGGUGGCACCUUAAAUGGGGAGGAUGGGCUCGUGGUAAUGGCUGGAGCGGAAUAGGUGGAAUGGUAUCAGUCAUUCCAUUGAUUCUGUUACAGUCAUUAUUAUGAGCCAUCCUCCCCUCAGCAGCCUCCACUGAUAGGCCAGCCCGAUGCUCCUACUUGUGGUUUAAACAUUCAGGAACCUUACUACCGCUUGGACAAAGGAUAAGGAUUUUGGCUCUAUUCCUUUGUUUUUCUGUAACGUCUCCUCGGGCAGAGUAGCUAAAAUUCCUGAUAAAGAGGAUGUCUGGAGUCCAUCAGUACCUUGUGGGGUUUUGAGGGCUCUUAUAUCAUAAAUGACCUCCAGACCUGUCUGCUUGAACUCUAGCACCUUACUAGCAGAGCUUACAAUUUCUCUGCGAGACAUAAUUUUUAAAAAUUAAACCUUUAUUUAACUAGGCAAGUCAGUUAAGAACAAAUUCUUAUUUACAAUGACUGCCUACCCCAGACGACAUUGGGCUAAUUGUGCGCUGCUCUAUGGGACACCUAAUCACAACCGGAUGUGAUACAGACUGGAUUCGAACCAGGGACUGUAGUGAUGCCUCUUGCACUGAGAUGCAGCGCCUUAGACCGCUGCGCCACUCAGGAGCGGAAAUUACAAUUUCCGUACUAGACAAAGAAUCUUUGUUGUCCAAAACCGCACCUGGAUACAAAUGUAACAUGUAAUUUCAUCUAUGGCUGUGGUUUCAGCCAGGGGUGUAUUCAUUACGUCUUGCAACAGAAACCGUUUAAGAACCAAACGGGAGCAAAUUUAACGGAACUAGUAGGGACCUACCUGAAUUUGUCCAAUAUAAACUCUUUGUUUUCAUUGCAAAACAUUUUCCAUUUGACGUAAACGGUUUCUUUUGCAACAUGUUUUGCAACAGCAUUCACGUAAUGAGCGCACCCUGUGGGAGAGGAUACCAAUCAUUUUUUAAAAUAUAUAUAUUUUUGUUUUAUUUUUGCUGAAAUUAUAUUUGAACCCCCUAGUCCCACCUCACCCAUUGCUUCUACAAUGAAAGACAGUCUGGAGAUUAACCACAAUGACUACUGAUUUAUCAGUAAUGGGUAGUUGAAGUAUAUUUUUGUGUGCAUUAUUAUUUUGUUUGGUGACUAGAUGUACUCUGCUGUGAAAGACCGACGACAAACAGGCAGAAAGCACUUGAUGUCUAUUAGUUGUGACGUAUGCCUGCCGUGUAGAAGUGGAUAACAGCUGAGAUGGAGACAUUUUUUUAAAUAAAUGUUGUUUUUUUAAACCGCAAGGUGAAAGCACUCCAUGAUAUCACAGAAGGCAGAGUGAGCCAGCUCUUUCAACCCUAUUUGGUUUUUUGUUGCACUGUUAAUGUCUUUGUCCUUUCCACUGGUUAUCACAUGCUGGACUUGUUUUUUGUGUUAUAUUUGUUUUUGUUAUAUUUGAUAAUGUGAGUAGUUUGUGGCAAUAGAUGCAAUUUGUUGUAAUUAUGUAUCUGUAUAUUUGCCUUAUUGAAGUGGCUUCCCUUUUGCUUACAAACUAGGCCUAUUUCAGCUGCAGUAGGGUUUUUACUGACCAAUAACACUGUGCCAACUACUUUUUCUAGUUUUUUAAGAUGUGUUAAAGUAACUGUUACUUUGUUACAGGUGUAAAAUCCCUCUCUUGUAGCACUUGUCAAAAAUUGUACAGGAUGCUUUAGGCCUACUUUUCAGAAUCACUGUGAGAUAUAAUUAAUUCGUCACGCAAAACCCUAGAUAUGCUACGUUCUAUUUGACUUGUUACAUUUUCCACUAUAUUCAUAUAAAUCUAAUUAGCAUAAUACAAAUAAUCCCAUCAAUCUCAUUUAAAUAAAUAAAACAUUUACAAGCCAGCGCAUCGGCGGAUGUCGGACUUCCGCACCGAAAAAUGUAUGCAAGUGUAUGGGGCAUUUCCAAAAGGUAUAUGGGUCAUCCUGAGCUUUCUUGUCUCCGAUAUAGAACAGACACUUCAAAACAUACUUCCUUUUGAUUAUUUAUUUUAUACUAUAUGUUUUGGCAUGCAUUAAUCUUAUUUAAUGUGU